GGCACUGGUUAAGUCCUGAGAAGCCGUUCAUUGACAAAAGGCAAAGGAUUGUACACAUCAUGUUUCUAUAGAAACCCGAAUUUUGAGCGUUUUUUAAUUUUGGAAAAUCGGGAACCGCACGUAGAUGGAAUGGACUGGACUUCGGUUGGCUGGAUGCGGCACUGGUUAAAGUCCUGAGAAGCCGUUCAUUGACAAAAGGCAAAGGAUUGUACACAUCAUAUGUUUCUAUUGUGAGGAAGGGUCCACUGCACAGUAUGGGUUUCCUGUGGUAAGCUCUCACAGCACGUGGAACAAACAAAAUGGCGACCAAGGAGAAGAGUAAAGUAGAGAAGAAGAAAAAAUCUCGGAAACAAGCCGUGGAUCUUACUUUAGAAGAUGUAUUAGCGGUUGGAGGAGACAAGGAAGACUACGAUAUGAUUAAAGAUGUCAAUGCUGACAACGAACUGACCACAGAUGCUAAGGCGAAAGGGAAGUCAGUGCUCAAAAAAGAUGAGAUAAUGUCAAUGAUACAAGGACUCGGGCUUGACAAAAUCAUUCUAGAGACAGAAGAAAAAGGAGGGACAAAGGUAGAGGAUGACAAGCUUGGAGAUGAAGAUAAUGAUGAGGAUGUAGAGGAAGGUGCAGACAAUAACAAAGAAAAGAUUCAACCUGUAAAAGCAAUCAAAAAAGAAGAAAGAAAAUCAAAGAAAGAAGACACCAACAAUAAUUCACAGAAACAGGAACCAAAGACUGAUGUUGAUGAUGAAGAGGAUAAACAGAUGACUGUUCUGCUGAAGAAGCUACUGAUAAAACCUGGUGGCAAGUGGUAUGAUCAGAUUCCUGAAGAUGCAAAAUGCAUGUCCUCUCCAUCUUCCAGUACAAUAAACAAACUACAAAAAGAGGCAUUAGAGAUCUGGGAGCAUGACACUGAAAUCUAUCAUAAAAUGAAAAGUAGUAAAGGAGCAUCAGAUAGUAACUGGUUAAGGACUGUAACUACAUCAGGAACACUUGGAGACAAGGUUGCUGCCCUGACAUUACAAGUCCAGGAAUCUCCAGUUCAUCAAGUGAAAGCACUAGACAUGCUAGUUGCCAUGGCAAAGAAAAAAGGCCGAAGAGAGAGCAUGAUGGCUAUCGACACAUUGAAAGACUUGUGGUUAGAAGAUCUUCUCCCAGAAGACAGAAAAUUGAAAACCUUUGUCCAGCAACCCCUUGGGUUAGUGGAAGUUACAAAGAAGAACAAGCUGUCGACAGAAGCAAGACAAACUAGACUUAUACUGUGGCAUUAUGAAAAUGUUCUCAAGCAGAAGUAUGCCGAUUUUGUGUCAACCUUUGAGCCACAUCUUCAAGAUACAAUAAUAAAUAUUAGGAGCAAGACUUUGGGAAUUAUAUUCGACCUGUUAUGUCAGCGACCAGAACAAGAACAGGUGUUGCUGAAAUUACUGGUCAACAAAGUUGGUGACCCUGAUCGCAAUGUUGCAUCAAAAGCUUCUUAUCUCUUGAGAUCAUUAGUUACAAAACAUCCAAACAUGAAGAUGGUGGUCGUUAAAGAAGUGGAGCGACUACUUUUUCGUCCAAAUAUUAGCGACAAAGCACAGUAUUAUGCUGUUUGCUUUCUGAAUCAAAACAUCCUCGGCAAGAAUGAUCAUGAAUUGGCCAGCCAACUUAUUGCAAUAUACUUUACUUUUUUCAAGGCAUUUGUCAAAAAAGGAGAAGUGGAAACAAAAAUGUUGAGUGCCCUUUUAACUGGUGUCAACAGAGCUUUCCCUUUUACAAAAGAUACUGAAGAAGAGAGAUACAGUGAACAGAUUGAUAUGUUGUUUAAGAUUGUACAUAUUGGAACAUUCAACACCAGCUUACAGGCACUCAUGCUUUUACUCCAAGUAUUAGAUUCAAGGCAGUCCAUAUCAGACAGGUAUUAUACAACAUUGUACAGUAAGCUGUUGGAUACGUCAUUAGCAACAUCAUCUAAACAAGCCAUGUUUUUAAAUGUGUUGUACAAGUCUUUGAAGAUUGAUACUUCUGUCCCAAGAGUGAAGGCUUUUGUGAAAAGGCUUCUCCAAAUUUGUAACAGUCAUCAGCCGGCAUUCAUCUGUGGAGCACUUUACUUGGUGUCAGAGCUGAUGAAAAUCAAACCCACGAUAAAAAGUAUGAUAGAGCAACCAGAGGAAGAAGAUGAGGAAGAGCACUUUGAAGAUGUACCUGAUGAUGAUGAUGAUGGCAAUGUUCAUCCAGAUGUAUCAUCUGAUGAUGAAGAGAACACAAAUGAUGAUGCAGCCAAAACUCAAAAUAAUUCAACAGUUUCUACUUCAACUUCGAAUCCACCARGAAAAAGCUAUGACUUUAAGUCUAGAAACCCUCUGUUCAGCAAAGCAGAGAACACUUGUAUGUGGGAGAUAUCUGAACUGUGUGACCAUUACCACCCGUCAGUCAGUCACUUCGCUAAUCAGAUUAGAGAGAGUCAAGUUAUAGAAUACAAAGGUGACCCUCUACAGGAUUUCACGCUGAUGAGGUUUUUAGACAGAUUUAUUUAUAAGAAUCCCAAGAAAAAGAUCAAAGACCAUGGAGGAUCACUGAUGCAGCCAAAAACACCAUCUACAAGACUACAAGAAGAGCCAGUUAAUUCCAAUACAUUCCUAAAAAAGAAGGAAGAAGAAGUGCGAGAAGAUGAAUUGUUCUUUUACAGAUAUUUCAAGGCCAAAGCAGCAAAUAAGGGAGAGAAGAAAAAAGAAAAUGAAGAAAAUGAAUCUAGUGAUGAUGAUAUUGAUAUCGUACAAGAUGAAAGUACGAGUCUUGAGUUUGACUUUGCAAGAGAAGUCAAGAAAUCCAAGCAAACUAAUAAAAAGAAGAGCAAGAAUAAGGGUGAUGAAGAUGACGAUGAAGAUGAAAAUGUAGUGGAGGAAGAAGACGCAUCAGAUGAGGAAGAAUUUGACUAUGACAAAAUGGACUUUUCAGACGAAGAGGAAGAUCUUGAAAAUGAUGAUUUGCAGACUCCUGGGAAAAAGAGAAAGUUUACUGAUAAAGAUUAUGAAAAAGCUUUGUUAGAGAAUAUCAGUUCUGAUGAAUUUGAAUCAGAUGAGGAAGGAAAAGACAAAAAAGGAAAAUCCAAGAAAAAGCAAAAACGUCAAGGGGAUGAAGAUAUCAGCUCACUAUUUGCUUCUGCCGAUGAGUUUGCUCAUUUGUUGGAGGACUCAGCAUCUGCUGGUGGGGGCAGCCACCAUGAUGUCUCGGGGAAAGCCAGCAACAAACAGAUCUUAUGGGAACAACGUACCAAUCAAACAUGGUCACGUGGGCGUGGACAGGGAAGAGGUAGAGGGAGGGGAAGGGGAAGGGGGAGGGGGGACAGACAAGAAAAAUGCUCAUUUCACAAUAAAAGGGGCAAAGGCCCAGACAGAGGAAGAAGAGGACGAAAACCGGGAAGGGGUAGAAAUUAA